AUGCUGGUGGGGUCUCUUUGCUCUCUCCCGCUUCGCUGCCGCUCUCGCAACGGGGUGCCUCACUCUCUGUUCUCCUUUCCCAUCCGCUCCUCUCCUCUCCCCCUCUCACUGCAGAUGGGCUCCUUAGGUGGUGCGCCCUACGUGGCCAGGGUGCAGCAGGCAGCGACAGCGGCUGAUGCCCUUGCUGCGGUGCAGUCAGGCCUCGCGGAUGCCUCCGUCUUCUUCUACGGAGCCCUCCUGAGUGCGCUCCAGACGUGCAUGAGGAAGCAGAACGCGGCGGUAGUACCGGCCCGCACUUCAGACACCAUUGCGUUACUGAAGCUGCUUACCUUCAACACUGUGGCGGACGUCGAUGCGACGUCCGAUGGUGUCAAGGCCCUCCUCGCCCAACAACCGGAGCUGAUGACGAAGCUACGGCUGCUUUCGUUUCUCACCUUAUGUAGCCAGCACGUACUGACGCCUGACGGCGUGUGCCUCUCGUACGGCGAUGCCGAGCGGGCGCUUGGAGUUCAGGACACGGUGUCGGUGCAGCGCACGGUGUUGCACGCGGUGCAGCAGCGGCUGUGUGUGGCCCGGCUCAACGAACGAGAGCGGCAGGUGCGCGUGUACUCGUACGAGAGCCGCAACGUGACGCCAGACGACAUGGAAAAGCUGAGGGAGCGAGUCGUGCAGUGGACCGCCUACGCCAAGGCGCACCUGCGUGAUAUUCAGCCAAGCUAA